CCGAUGCUUUGGAUUGAGAGAAAGAAAGAUAGAUCUUUGGUGGAGAGGAGUGCUUGUCGAGGCGGUGAUGGGGCGAGAGGUUGCAGAGAGCUGCGUUGACGCCGUGGUGAUCGAGAUGGUAUCAGCGUUCUGUCACAAAUUCUACUCCGCCGAACCGGAACUUGCUGCCCGCCGAAUCGAGGCCAUUGGCUACCAGGUUGGCCACCAGCUUGUCGAGAGGUAUACAAUGGACUGUCCUCGGUUUACUGAUCAUCUAGAGGCUAUCAAGUUUAUAUGCAAAGAAUUCUGGUCCGAGCUCUUCAAGAAGCAGAUUGAUAACUUAAAAACUAAUCACCGAGGUACCUUUGUUCUCCAAGACAAUAUGUUUCGAUGGAUUGCACGCAUAUCGCCAAAUCCUCUGCAAGAAAACUCAACUGAGUCUUCUACACCUAAUGAUGAUAAUCAGGCAGCUCAAACCACAAGCAUGCACCUCUACUUUCCAUGUGGUAUCAUAAGGGGUGCUCUUACAAGUCUGGGAAUUCCUUGUGCUGUUUCUGCAGAUAUAUCCAACCGACCUGCAUGUUCAUUCGUUGUACGCAUAAAAGCUUGACAUGUGCAGAAUAAUGGCGUGUAAGGGAUCUUCUUAUUUGUGUAUUGGAAGGAAGUCAUUUUAUGUAAAUUUGCUGGAAGCCAAAGCUUACAGCAGCUGACCAAGCGAUCACAUACAUCACAUUGCUUCUAUUAGUGAGAUCUCGUGAUUACUUUUAUCUGAAUUUAUGAUUCCUCUAUGCUUAUACUCAUUUUUCCUUCUACUUAAAGUGCUUAAUCAGAUGAGCUUUGCUGCAAACCAUCUCUUUGGUAUUUAAUUUUUCCUUUGAUAUCA